AAAUGUUUUUUUUUUUCAGAGAAACAUGCCCGCAGAGACAAGCAGCAAGGGAAGCCCAGGCUCUGAACAGAGAGAGCUAGAGGAUCUGCAGACGCUAACCUCCAUCGCGCAAGGGAUAAACGAACUCAAAGCCAGGAGCUUCAACUUCGCGCAUGAAUCUCAUCUUCUACCAAGAGCAAAGACGUCGCGACCCUUUACGGAGGAAGGUGAAGGGUCUGCUCGCUUUACGGGGUGUCGAACGUCAAUCAUCAUGGGUGAUUUCAGACAGCUUAUUUGCGAGAACAACUUGGUAAAAGGCCAAUCCGUGCACCUGUUUCUGCAUCAGAACGACGAUCCAAUUUACUUCCAAAAAUUUAUAGACUCGAAAGGGAAAUGAUACAAGCGUUGUGGUGGGAAAGAUGGUACAAGGCAUAAAGGUCCAGAAGACCGAUUUACGUUUAAUGAUCACAGUAACUUAUCGAACUUGCCAAUAAACUAAAACAAAAAGGAACA